AUGGUUUGCAAGAUAGCCCUGUGGAUUGGCUUGCUCUUUGGAAACCAAAAUUUUUACCCCAUGAAGCAGGAGGUUGCAUCUUCCAAUGUGUCUGAGAGAAGCACAAGGAAGUUUUUUGUUGAUUGCUCAAAGCCUGUUGAGGACAGUUUGAUUUCUCCUACGGAGGUGGAGGCGUUUCUGCAGCAGAAGAUCAAAUGCAGGAUUGGAAAGAAGGAGAAUCUUCUGAAGGUGUCUGUGAAUGGAAAUGUUGUUGAGGUUUCUGUCACUGGAGGGUUCAUUGGCAAGCAAGGGCUGAAGUGGCAGGCAAAAAGGUUUUUGCACAUGAAGAGGCUCCGCUCGUUUGUGAAGGUUUUUGCAAAUGGAGAGGAUGGAUUUGAGUUCCGUUAUAUCAAUGAUGAGAGCAAUCGGCAAGAAUAA